AUGGCUGCCUACUGUUCACCGACGGUAUUUUUAUUUACGUUUCGUUUGUUAUCUGGUUUAAGACAGGCAGAGAAAGAAAGAGUCAGUGUCAGAAGCUACAGUGACAUUGUGUAACAAUUAAACCAGUCGUUAGAGUAAACACGCAAUUUUCCAGUCGUAGUUAUACCGACCGUAACGUUACCGACAGCCUGAUUUUUUUUUCGCUGAGCUGUCAAGCUUCUCGUCAGUGUCGGACUGCGACUGAAUUGCCUUUGUUAGCGUGCUAGGCUAGCUAAACAACGUAACUGCGAGUCAAACGCAUACAUAUCCGGUAAUAGUCGCUAUGUUUAGCCCCGUGAAGUCUUCUUAUUUCAGAGUCAGUCCGGCCAUUGUCAACAGAGAACUCGGCAAGACCAAGAUGAGAUAGCAAGAGGGCACAUCGGAGUGCUAACACACGAUUUACUACGAGUCCCGGCAUAGCAGAGAGAAAAACGGAGUAAAUAAGUCACUCAGCAUGUUUGGGAAUCUUUUCGAGGAAGAGGAGGAGGAUGGUUUCACUUCGGCUUCCUCCAGGGGGAGAGUUGUAAAGGGAGGAGACGAGCCUCCUCCUUCACGAGGAAGAAGCAAUCUGUGCGGCAUCAAGAACCAGGGGGGUACCUGCUACCUCAACUCUUUGCUCCAGACCCUGCUUUUCACCCCAGAGUUCAGAGAGGAGCUGUUCAAUUUGGGGCCAGAGGAAUUAGGACGCCUGGAAGACAAAGAGAAACCAGGGGCCAAAGUCAGAGUGAUCCCACUGGAGCUGCAGAGACUGUUUGCCACUCUGCUGCUGGUGGACCAGCAAAGCGCCUCCACCGCCAACCUGACUGACAGUUUUGGCUGGAACAGCAGCGAGGGAACAAAUCAGCACGACGUGCAGGAACUGAACAGGAUUCUGUUCAGUGCGUUGGAGCACUCUCUUGUGGACACCACUGGUAGUACAUUUAUCCACCGGCUGUACCAUGGGACCAUUGUUAACAGCAUACUCUGCAAGGAGUGUGGUAAUGUCAGCCAGAGACAGGAGGACUUCCUGGACCUGACAGUGUGCGUUUGUGGCAUGUCUAGCCUGGAGGAUGCUUUGUGGAGCAUGUUUGUGGAGGAAGAGUUGUUUGAGGGCAAUAACCUUUACCGCUGUGCACAGUGUGACAGGCUGGUCACAGCUGCCAAGUCAGCCAAGCUUAGGAAGCUUCCUCCAUUCAUGACCAUAUCUUUGCUGAGAUUCAGCUUUGACUUUGCCAAAUGUGAGCGAUACAAGGAGACGGGACGCUAUAGUUUCCCCUUCACCAUCAACUUACAGCCAUUUUGCGAACAGAUUGACGGAGAGGACUCUGAUUACUCCUAUGAGCUGUUCUCCGUGAUUAUCCAUAAAGGUGGCUGCUAUGGUGGCCAUUACCAUGUUUAUAUCAGGGACAUUGACCAGCUUGGCCAAUGGGAGCCGCAGGAGGAGGAAUGCAAACCCAAGACUCAGAAGAAAGUCAAGGAGGAGGUCAAGAAGGAAGCGUCUGAGCCAAAACUACAAGAAGAUGACCCUUUGUCUGUCCUCACUGCUAUUAUUGCUCAGGAGCCAUCAAAGAGUGUCCUGUUGGACCAGCUGGGACAGAAACUCAUGGAUAAGAUUGGUUCCUCCUGGAGCAAAAAGUUCAGAAAACAUUAUGGUCCUAUAGGAAAGUUCCUGCAGUCCCACAGUGAUGUUUUCAUGUUAGUGUCCAAUGGCACUCGAGUGGCAUUGAAGGCAAACCCGCCAAGCCCUGUGACUGAGCCCCCCGGCCCAGCAGAGCAGACCACUAACUCUGAUCCUCCAACACCUUCAGACCCAGGAGCUGCUGGACAAGAGCAGGGUAGCCACUGGUUUGACCUGAACGACUCCACGGUGACCUCCAUCAGGGAGUCUGACAUAGAGAAGCAGUUCCAGGGCAAAGAGAGCGCGUACAUGCUGUUCUACAGAAAAACACAGCUGCACAGACCCAGUGAAGCUCUGAACAAUCCCCAAUAUAAAGUUCCUCUUCACCUCAUCCAGAUGGCUCAGGAGGAGAACAUCAAGCUGCAGCAAAUGCGUGAGAAGUUUGAAGCCACGAAUAACACUGUGGAGCUGCGUCUCCACCUGGCACCCAAUUACAGGCUGCAAAAUGGAGCCCUGCAACCAAUCAGCCACGAGCAGAGCGGGAGCACCGCUCUGAGUUUCGACCGUAGAAAGACCGUGGGAGAGCUCCGAUUAGCCAUAUAUCAAAUGCAGGAACUGUGGGAAGGGGAUAUGGCUCUGACUGUGGCCAAGAGUCUUCCUGCAGGGUUACAUCUCUACAAUACUGUGACAGAUGACAGUGUCUCCCUGUACAGUGCAGGCAUUCAUACAAACUCUGAGCUGUUUGUGUGGAACGGCAGAGAGGUGUGUGGCGCGACUGUCCCAAGUGGAGCAGAGUGGGAGCCAGUGCUGCUGACCGUAGUCCGUCCCCUUUUGCGGGAGGAUGGGGAUCCAGAGGUGGAGGAUGGGGUGGUGUGUGAGGAUGGCAGAGGAGAUUUUGAAAAUGGCGAGCAGGGGCUUAAAAGGGAGGCGAGAGGUUUUGCUGGUGCUGUGACUCUUGGGGAGGUGAGGGAGGCACUCGGGGAGCCGAAGGAAAGUCUGCUGUGCCAGGAGCAUAAGGGAGGAAAGAGGGGAGAGCUGGGGGCUGGAGAGGGAGGAGGGGCAAGUGGAUGGAAGUUGUUCCCCCCCGAUGACAUGCAGCGGACGCUAAAGGAGCUGUCGCUGAAAGAUGGAGACGCGCUGUUGGUGCUGGAGCCACAAUCGUUUGACAGCAGCAUGUUCACUCUAAACGGAGACAUCGUCACUGUGACUACACCGUCUGACUGCCGCUGGCUCCAGGUGGAGUUUCAACCUCACGGAGGAAGAGGAGAAGAAGAAGGGGAGAGGAGGAAGAUCAAGGUUCCAGCUACAGGAAAUAUGCUGCUGUGUGAGGUGAAACAGAGGGCCAUAGAGGAGCUGCAGCUACAGGAGCAACCCCCAGGUGCACAGUACUGUCUGAGACAGGUGGACUGCACAGGGAAACUCCUUCCUCCAGUGUGUGAGGAGUUGAGCGUUCGGGAUGCAGGGGUGCGACUCAUGACCACACUGACUCUCUGUCCGGGAAAUGCCCCCAAGGCAUCACAGCUUUUUUUGCACUUCUCUGUGGGAACAGCGCCCUCUGCUGGUAUGGAGAUGGACAUCAUUGUGGAGAAUACUUGUACUGUCAAAGAGUGUCUAAAGGUAAUGCUGGAUGCUGUUGGACUUGAUGGCAACUGUUGGCACCUCAGGAGGCUUGAUUGGUGUGAGGAGGUUGGAGAACCACUUAUGGAUGAGGAUGCUUCUCUGUCAGAGCUGAAGAUCAGCAAUGGAGAGACAUUAAUCGUCACAGAAGGACAGCUUCCUCCGAAGGGUUUCCUCAAGCUAUCUGUGUGGCUCUGUCUGGAUCCCAGAAGCAGCUCCACGGAAGCUUGUUUUAAUCACACUGACAACGGCCACACUGAGGAGCAAAUGCUGGAGGUUGCACCUGCAGGUGAAACUCACAGUCAGUCACCACCUCUGUGCGCCGGCAACAUGGCAGAGCUGAGAAGUGUAGGUCAGGUGGAGAUAUCGGACGAGGCCACCCUGGAGGAUCUCAAGACUCAGGUGUUGACACUGCCAGCCCUUCAGGAUGUGUGUGUGCCAACCACUGCGUUCAUGCGUGUGUGGCAGCUCGAGGGACGAAGGUUGGCACGAAUCCUCCGAGGACAACAAUUGACUCUCAGGAAAUUGAAGCUGACCAGUGGUACAGAUGUUUGUGUGCAACGGCUGCUUAAGGAGGAAGAUCUUGGUCCUAAGGAGGUGUUGUUGAAUGUUAAAAUGGGAGUACCCGGGGAGAGGUGUUACUACCCUCCAGAGGAGCUGGCUUGGGAUGCAUCCCGUGACUCUUCUCCUCGCUCUCUACGCACAUGUUUGGCUGCAAUGUAUGGCCUCUCGCCCGACUCUAUACUGUUGGCCAAGCACCAGCCAGACAAACAUACCUGGGAAGAAAUCUCAAACUGGAGCCAGCAGGUUUCCAAAAAGAAAAAGAAGAAGAAGGCGGAAUCCCUACUGGGAGCACCAUUUCACCUCAAAGAUGGCGACACAAUCGGCAUCAAGAAUCUUUUGAUUGAUAACAACAGGGACUUUGUCACCCUGGAGGAUGAGCAGGGCCAGCAGAGGCUCCGAGAGCAGGCAGAGCAACGCCGGAAAGGAGGGCAAGCGGCAGGUGCUGAUGAUGUUGGACCACAGAAGAAGACUGGACAGACCAAAUCCAGGAAACCAGAGGUGGCGCUGUCAAUCAAUGUUGGGGUAUUCAGAUAGCUCCCAUGGCUGAAUGGACAAAUCAGAACUAUCUAUAAAACCGCUUACACACGUACACACAUACACACAUACACACAUACAGAUGCCAUGUUGCAGGACAAUCUUUGACGUCAGUGAUGUGCCAUUUUUUUUUUUUUUUUAUAAGUGCAUUUCUCCACAAAUCUAAAAUCUAAAUUCCUUCUUCUCAUACGUCUGAUUUGUUAACAGGAGUAGAAGGAAUUUAAUUUUUACUUUUUGAUUUGCUGUUAAGUAACAGUUGACAGUUUCUAAUUUGCAUUAUGUCUAUGCAAUAUUACUGGAUUCGGUAUCUUGCUUCCUCUCACUACAGGUGUUCUAAAUUACAACCACCACAUAUGCCCUUUACUUAAUUAAAUUGCUGGGUUUUUUUAAUUUUCUGAGGGAUAUUUGAAGAAGAUUUGACAUUAAGGAAAAAAGUUUCUAUUUGGAGUGUUGUUUUUUUUUUUUUUUUUUGCUAUUACAGCCUGGUAGUUAUAUACUGACAAAUGUAUUUACAGAAGUUUUUAUCUCUUAUAUGGUUUUGUAUAAACUGUAGCAGUCAGGGUGAAAAAUCAUACUGGUAGCCACCAACCGGUGGCUUUUAACAACUGACAAGCCCAGCACAACAAGCCACUAGUGUAGGAAAGCAACCACCAUUAAGUCUUGCUGUGGCUUAUAAGGUAAAUUCUCUCUAGUGUAAUUUUUUAUGAACCUGUCACUGUGCGCCAAGAACUGAAAUGUUUAUCUUUAUCAUGGGCUUGUUUUAGGUUGAUAAGAGAGAGGAGAGAGAGGCCUUAAUAUAGAGUAGCCUUAGUGCUGCUCUGCCUUCCCUACCUCACUUUCUACCUCUCUCAUUCUACCUCUGUUGCCCUCUUUUCCCCCAACUAUGUGCAGUACUUGAUAAUUUUGCUUUCCUAACCUCAAACUGUUCAAGCCCCUGCUCUAUCAGAGUCACCUAUGGUUUAAAAACCACUUCAGUGAAACAUAGUUUAAAUAUUUGGAACACAUCUGGCUUUGCUUGCUUCGAGUCAUAUUCUAUUAAUAAUUAAAUAACACAGUUGUUUUUUUUUAUUGGACAGGGCCCUUCCACUUAUCAUUUCGCAUUCAAAUUAUAUAGCCAAACAUCAUUGUGUUUUGUAACCAUGACGCAAGAUGAAUUUGCUGCUCCAGAAAUAUACUGUAAAACAAUACAUUCAAAUCCUUUGAUACUAUUCUCCUUCAGUGUGUAAAAGCAAAGGUCCCUGAGUUGCUACACAAAUUUUCAUUGUGAAACAUUUAAUGUUACGUUUGCAUGCCCAAUAUGUGAAGUUCAGGGAAGUGAAAAAGUAUUCUUGUGGAUAAUUCUUUAGGAAAAAAAGAAGACAAAGUAAUGUUUUCACUGUAUGGUUUAUGGUAUGUUUUAUAUGCUGCUUGCAGGUUUUGUUUCAUGUAUUAAUCUGGCCUUGAUCAGUGCCAAGUAGAAUUUUUUUUUUAAACGAAUGCAGAAAAACUGAAUAUAUUCAGCAAUAGUGAAAUUUAAUUUUGCUUUAUUUUGUAUCAUUUACUAGUGUUAUUGAUUACAUCUUCGGUGUUAUUGAUCAGGACUGAUAUACUGUAUUCUGACAGUGGACAUCUGUUUGUAAGUGUGUCUGAUUGUAUCUGCAGGAAGUAUUUUAUCAACAAUAAAGAUAUACUG